AUGGCACUUCAAUGCAAAAUGGGGAUUUUCGACAAUACUAAUUUCAAGCCUUUUUCCCUGUUGAUACCCGUCCUUCUCUCCUUGCAUGCAGUCCCAAGUUUCAGUAAUUUCACCACUUUCGUGUUCGGUGACUCAUUGGUCGAUGCCGGAAACAACGAUUAUAUUUUCACCCUGGCCAAGGCUGAUUCCCCUCCUUACGGUAUCGACUUUAAGCCUUCCCGUGGCCAACCCACCGGAAGAUUUACAAAUGGCAGAACAAUAGCCGACAUUGUAGGUCAAUCCCUUGGAGCCAAAUCAUAUCCGCCACCUUAUUUGGCCCCAAACACUGAAUCUGAGACGAUUCUCAAGGGAAUAAAUUAUGCUUCUGGGGCCUCUGGAAUCAUGGAUAAAACUGGGUUUUUCUUUAUCGGGAGAAUCCCUCUCGGGGAACAAGUGAAUAACUUCGAGCAAAAUCGAAAUUAUAUGGUGAGUGCGAUGGGUGAAAAUGGCACAAGGGAAAUUUUAAAGAAGGCAGUCUUCUCUCUCACCAUUGGGUCCAAUGAUAUAUUAAACUAUGUCCAACCAUCCAUACCGUUUUUGGGACAUGAAAAGGUCUUCCCCACAACAUUCCUAGAUUUCAUGAUUUCUAACCUCACACUUCAACUUGAGCGACUGCAUGAGAUGGGGGCUAGAAAGUUUAUCAUUGUCGGGGUCGGACCGCUCGGUUGCAUACCGUUUGUUCGAGCAUUCAAUCUAUUGCCGAGUGGAAAAUGCUCGAGUAGGGUGAAUGCAUUGAUACAAGCCUAUAAUCAGAGAUUAAAAAAGCUUUUGAAUCGUUUAAAUCAGGAGAUGGGACCUGAUGCCAUCUUCGUCUUUGCAAACUCCUAUGAUGUUUUCAUGGACAUCUUAGCUAACUAUCGCGGAUUUGGAUUUGAGAAUGCGGAUGAACCGUGUUGCGGUGGGUAUUUACCACCAUUCGUUUGCUUUAAGAGAGGCGACGCCAACUCCAGCACUUCAGCUUUAUGCGACGAUCGAUCCAAGUAUGUGUUUUGGGAUGCGUAUCACCCCACCGAAGCUGCUAAUGUUAUCAUUGCCAAACAGUUGGUUGAUGGGGAUGAAAGCGCUAGCUUUCCAAUUAAUAUUCGCAAGCUUUACAAUUACAAUUAGAUCAGA